AUGGCUGCUGAGAUAGAUACUGAGUUAAAAACAUAUUUUGCCGACUACGAGCUCAGACGAGACCACUUGAAUAACAUUGUGGAAAUUACGCACAAAGGAGCCGACAAAGGAAAUUUGUUUGCUAGGUUGCUGGCCACACGGGCGUACGUCAACGGAAUCGCAAUCGGCAAUCGCCCAGAAGAUGAUGGCAUGUUCAAAGCGAUGAAUCAUGCUAACCGGCGCAGUGGUGGAUCGUUCCACUGUGAUUAUGAAAAGCAGCGGCCGAACAGCGAACUUCCCCACCGCUGUUCAGCGCUGUCGCGCUCGAUAGUCGACUUGUGCGCAUUCAUGAUGGGAGGCACGGGUGCUGACUUCCGACUGCCGAAUCCACCCACCCCAGAAGAGCUGCAGGCUUGGAAGGACCGGGUCGCGGAGCGUCAGGCCAAAGUCCAUGCCCAUCAUGCAGCAUCGACUAGUGGAACCGACCCUGAAAACGUGCUCGACAUUACAAAACUCGCACAUCUACAACCCACCCACCAGCAGCCCAGCUGCUAUCAAUCAGCAGCUAUGCCGGCAAACCACGAGAUCAGCCAAUUUUACAAACUUAUGUGCGACCAUCAGUUCCAGUGCAACGGUUUUCCGCGUGUUACGUUUGAGUGGCACAUUUCAUCAUUGAGGGACUCGGAGUGGAAUAGCGCCACGGCGGUGUUACUAGCGGAGGGGUGGAGACGUUGGUAUCUUCAAAACAGGCUCUUUUCUACUGCAGACGAGCCGAUCGUCGACGCCAAAGCCGUUAUUGGCAGAUGGAUCGAAUCGGCCCCAAGCGUCACGAUUAAAGGACGUCAACCUCAACCGGGGACUGGCGACGAAGAAGCUCUUGCUGGGCAAUGGAGACCCAUGACUGCCGAUGAGCAUAGGUCAAUAAGAAGUGAGGUGGCUGAUGCUCGCAAACGGACUGUUGAGACUAUCUUCCCGAACCGAGGGUUUGGCGACGAAAGAUACAAACUCACGGGGCUGGUGACGAUCGACAGCACGUCGGACUACGAGGAUGCCGAGGAGCCCGGCCAUCCGCCCACGAGGAUCGAUCCGUACUGGCGGAGCUCGAUCUUUGGCGAGUUCCUGCACGCGCUGGACCGCGCGAGCUUCCAGCUGCUGGCGGCCCCGGCUCGCAAAGGCCAGCUUGCAGGCGUGCUCGCGCGCAACGGGCACCGGGCAGCCAACGAGGCCGACGCAUCUGCCGAGCACGUCCCUCGAGGGAUUCCUGAAGAAGCAUGCAGCGCCGAAUUCCUGUCCGAUACCUCCAAGCUUGAACGCCGCCAGCUCCGAAUCACUGAGGAUGACAUCGGUGGAUUGACUAUCGCUGAAGCGCUCGCGGUCAUUCAAAAAUAUACGAGUAAACCUAAGUACUGA